CGUGAAGGAAGUAGUACUCGUGCCGUCGGAGAUCUGACAGCCGGUGAGGCUUUGAAAGUCUUGAGUGUGACUUCAGUCCAGGAGAACCAUGUCCGCCGUCAUAGGCAAACUGUACUCACCUCUGCUCUUGUUCCAAACAAAUUCUCCAUGAAAUAACAGUAACGAAGGGCCUCGAGGAUGGCCGGCUCGGGUGCUGUCCAGGUGAAACUAGAACUUGGUCAUCGAGCCCAGGUCAGGAAGAAACCCACCGUGGAAGGCUUCACCCACGACUGGAUGGUGUUCGUGCGCGGUCCGGGGCACAGCAACAUCCAACACUUUGUGGAGAAAGUGGUUUUUCAUCUUCACGAAAGUUUCCCCAAACCAAAAAGAGUUUGCAAGGACCCACCUUACAAAGUGGAGGAGUCGGGAUACGCUGGCUUUAUCCUGCCCAUCGAAGUUUACUUUAAAAACAAGGAAGAACCUAAGAAAGUGCGCUUUGACUACGACCUGUUCCUGCACUUGGAGGGCCACCCACCUGUGAACCACCUGCGCUGCGAGAAGCUCACCUUCAACAACCCCACAGAGGAGUUCCGGCGUAAGCUACUCAAGGCCGGAGGGCAGCGGGAUCCUCACAAGAGAAGUUCAGAAGACUCAAAAGUAAUGGUGAUGCAGGAAGGCUCUACGUCCCUGUUCGGACAGCACCUCAAGCUGCCCACGCUCCCCAACAGCUCCCUGACCUCCUCCUCCUUCACCUCUGACCCCAAGAAGAGCAAAAGCUUCCACCCAUCAAAGGAUGGAUCCAGAGGAAGCAGUGCACUCCUCACCACAGCCACGACCACCAGCACUAACAGCAGCAGUUUUUCCAAAAUCCACAAGCCCUCCAAGGACCACAAAGACAAGCCUCCCAAAGACUUGAAAGAGUCCAAAAGUGCCUUCAGAGACUCGGGCCCCAAAGAACCUGCCAGGAAACCCAAAGAGAACCAGCCACUUAGGGAUGGAAACCCUAAGAUAGGGUUCAAGGAACCCAAAUCUAUAUCCAAGGACCACCGGACUGAAGGCAUGCAUGGAACAGGGCCCAACAAGCGCCACGCGGGCCAUGACACCGACGAUCACAUCACAAAAAAACGCAAAAAGGGAUUUGUGGACUCCUCAGGGAAGCAGUCCUCAGAUGCUCAACAUUUAGACAAGAAACUUUUGAAGGAGCGCUCGCAGAUACGAAUGAGUAAAACACGACCAGAGCUAGAGGAGGCCGAGCGCAGGAAAGGAUCGACUCUGCCUCCAUUUCAGGAAUUAGUGGACCCUAACGAUUCAGACAUGGACGACCACUCGGUGAAGUCUGAUUCGGAACAGCCCAGCCCUGCCAGUUCCAGCUCCAGUUCAGGCUUUGCUCCAACGCACCACAAACGACAAGUGGUGGACGUGAUCAUCAGGAAAAAGGUGUCAGUCCCUGCCCCUACCCACACAGUGCUGGGCCCUCUACAGUCAGUCAUGCAGGACCUUCACUCAGACGAGGAUGAGGACUCUGAGGAUGAUGAAGACCAGGACCUGGACUCAGACUUAGACCGACCAGCGCACACCCAUCACCACCAUCAUCAUCACCACCAUUCGCACCAUCACCAACGCAGGGUCAGUCUGAGUGAUGGCAGCGAGAGUGACAGUUCCUCCCCCUCACCACCCUCCCGCCAUGAAGCCCCGCCCCUUCUCAAGACUACUACUAACCAGAUCUUGGAGGUGAAAAGCCCCAACAAGCAGAGCAGACAGGACAAGAACAAAAGCCUGGAGUGUGACAAGGCUUACCUGGACGAGCUGGUGGAGCUCCACAAGCGACUCAUGACACUGAGAGAAGGCCACAUUCUCCAACAGAUAGUGAACCUGAUCGAGGAGACGGGACACUUUCAUAUCACAAACACUACAUUUGACUUUGAUCUGUGCUCCCUGGACCGGAGCACAGUGAGGAAGCUGCAGAGCUACCUGGACACAUCAGGACUGUCCUGAGGGCCUGGGGUCUUGGAGGCGUGAGGGCCUGGAGGCUCGAGGUCCUGAGGUCCUGAUUCAGAGCAGCUGGCUGCCCCUGUCUCCACACACACGACAUUCUGGAACCACUGGGGUCAUACUGCCCCCUGUGGCCAAGCAGGGCCCGUGUAGGACAGCCCUGUGGAUCAGGAGAUCACCUGGAAAGCCUUGAACUCUUUACUUGACAAACCAGGGGCCUAUGCUCCCCAUGAAUGUGCAUAUUGUUACCAUGUUUUUGCUUUGUGUUCUUUGUGACGGAUGCAUGGUCAACAUUGCUUUACAACAUUGUGGGUCUUAUUUAUUGAAUUUAAUUUGCAGCUGUGUGUGUUUGAAAUGGCAAAAGGAAAAAUGGCAAAUGAGGCAUUGUCUAAGCACUUGGGGCUCGUCUUAAAAGUGAGGAUUUUUUUCAUAGGAAAAUGCAUCGUGUGACCUCCAUACCCCAUUCCCUCUGUCCAGUGGGAACCAACCACACACUACACAGCAGCACUACACAAAACCCCAAAAGAGUGGAAUUGAUGAUAAAUUAUUGUUUUGUUCCUAAAUAUGCAGUUUAAGCUCGGAACAAAUGUGAAGCACCUUGUUAAUUCACUGAUGUCUAGUUUUGGAAAUAUAAGAAUAAUGACAAAUUGUCACAACCAACAACACAAAAUGUAUUGUCAGUACUACAAAGAUAAUCUGAUUUAUAUGCAAUAGAUUGAUGUAAAGUACAUAUAACCAAGUCUCAAAACUAUAGAAUUUUCAUCAUCUUACAUACUUAUGAUCCUAAAUUUAGAAAUCUAGAUUUAAAGCGUUCUGUUUACACUAACUUUGCCACAAUUAAAAUCUAAAUUCCUGGCCAUAGAUUUGAAUUUUAUUUAUUCUUAUUGAGCAAUUAUGUUUUAAUUUUAAAAUUGUCUCAACAAAAAUAAUGAUGAUGCAUUUCAUACACUACCACAAGCUUUGUUAGCUUCAGGAGAAAGGGAUGAUGGAAUACUGAUUUCACCAGCAGCUUUAUCUCUUUAAUCAAACCUUGUUCUUGUUUAGGACUUCAGAAAUGUUUUACUUUACAACAAAAACAUUUGUUCCUGUUCAAUUACAAGAGGAAAAAACACUGUUAUUUAUUUUCAGCCAUUACAGAAGUGUUCGUUUCUGAAUAUGGGUUCAUUUGGGACAGAGGUUCAGUCCCCUGUGUGUGUCUCAUUUCUUGUGUAUUUAGAGGCCAAACAAUAAAUAUUCUGUAUGAUGUCCAC